GAUAGAAGCACGCAGUCCGUCGAUUUCAGCAAGGCGGCCAUGAGGUGGAUUCUCUCAGGCUUCUAAAGCAUCCUGAGAACAUCAGUUUACCGCCUUUCACCGACACUUGCCGAACGACACGUUUCAAACCUGUUUGCAUAGCCUACGUCGUGUCUGCCGGAAAUGGAAGUGCUUCCACAUUUCAUAUUUACAGUAAAAGCCGCUGGAGCAUCCAGAAUUUCAAAAUCUUUGAAAUCAACAUCCAUCAGGGUGUUGAGCUCAGCUUGGAGUAAGAUUUGUGAGUGACUCUUUACGGUUUCCUAUGUGGAGAAUGAAACGGUUUUGCUGACAUGGUCGUUCUACUCACCAACGGGACACCAUUACUCCUCUGUCUGUAACCAUGAUAACCAGCUGGACAUACUAGGCCCUUCACUGACUAGAGGUCACAGAGGUUUGGACCGAUUGCAUACACCACACAAGAAUCAUGUAGUGACCCUCUCUUCACCAAGGGGGGCGGGUCGUUUUUUUGUAUUUUUUAUAUUACUUUUUUUCAACUUUUGUAUAUUUGUGGAUGACUUGGUGAAGAGGACAUGGGUCUCCAUGCCUCUCCCUACCCUAGUGCCUUGCUAUGUUUCCUGGAUGGUCUGUCCUGGGGGUUCAUCUUCCCCUGCUACUGGCUGCUGAACUGCCUGCUGGGCUCGUGCGUGCCCACCUCCCUGGAGAAGCGGCGUCGCUCCCAGGACCCCUGCUCCUUCUCCUCCCUCAGCAUCCUGGUGGUGGUGCCCCUGUACCUGCUGCUGCUACUGGCCUCGCUGCCUUUCGCUCUGUUGGGCUUCCUGGUGUGGGCGCCGCUGCAGACGGCACGGCAGUCCUACCUCUACACCCACCAGCCAGUCAGUGACAAGCAGCGCGCAGCUGAGCAAGGGGCGGGGCUGGUGCCAGGGGAGUGGCGUCCGCAAGGACGGAGCUUCUGUUUCAGCAGCGCGAAUGUGUGCCUGCUGCCGGACGCACUAGCCCGCUUCAACAACCUGGCAGACACUCAGUCCCGUGCGGGAGAAGUGGGCAGACGCAUCCGCAAUGGAGCCAGCCGCCCGCAGAUCAAGAUUUACAUCGAUUCCCCGACCAACACCUCCAUCAGCGCUGCCUCCUUCAGCAGUCUGGCCAUGCAGAGCAAUGCCGGGGGCUUCAGACGCACAUCCUCCCUGGACCAGCGGCCGGAAUCAGAGCCUGCUGAGAGCUCCGCGGGAGACUGCCCAGUGCACCAGUCGCCAGAUGGCCCCAUCCACCGCACUGCAAGUCCACCCACUAUCGCUACAUCAGCAGAAUGCCCUGCCCAUCCACCAGUAGCCACGCCUCCCAUCACCACAUCAGCAGAAUGUCCCGCCCACCAAUCUGUAGCCACGCCCCCCAUCACCACAUCAUCAGAAUGCCCCGCCCACCCAUCAGUAGCUACCCCUCUCAUAACCUCAUCAGCAGAAUGCCCCGCCCACUCCUCACCUGUUAUAGGCUCCGCCUCUGAUUGCCCUCUGCACUCAGAACCUCUGCCUUCAUCCAAUCAGGACACCCAAGACUGCCCUCUCCACCCUUGUAGUCAGAGUGUCCCAGACUGCCCUCUCCACCCCUCCAGUCAGAGUGUUUCAGACUGCCCUCUCCACCCCUCCAGUCAGAGUGUUCCAGACUGCUCUGUUCACUCCUCUGGAGUGCAGAUCAGCAUCAGUGCACCAGAGGCCAAUGGGCGUCAGGAGCCCCCAAGAAACCAUCGUCCUGACGCUGACACAGGCAGUCUGGACAGUCGUACCGCCUCCCGUGAGUCUCUCACUCGUUUCCAUGGUGAUGGCGGCGGAAGUGGGGGUGGUGUACCGUCCAACAACACACUAUCACACCGUACCUCUGUGUUUAAGCGCCACGUGGGCCGCAAGCGUCGCCAUGGUGAUGAUGGCUUUGACCAUGAAAUCUCAGCUUUCUUCCCGGCCAACCUCGACUUCCUGUGUCUGCAGGAAGUGUUUGAGGAGCGGGCCGCAGGCUCUCUAAGGCGGCAGUUGCAUCGCUACUUCCCCUACUUGCUUAGUGACGUGGGCCGCUAUGCAUGGAGGGGUUGCUGCUCACGCUUUAAGUUUCUCAACAGUGGCCUGCUCCUUGCUAGCCGCUACCCAAUCCUAGACGCCCACUUCGAGUGCUACCCCAAUGGGCGAGGGGAGGACGCGCUGGCCUCUAAGGGCGCACUGUUUGCCAAGGUGCAGGUGGGGACCUCCAGCACAGGACAGAGGGUCGUGGGCUACAUCGCCUGCACACACCUGCAUGCCAUUGAGGGGGAUGCGGCUGUACGCUGUGAGCAGUUGGACUUGCUGCUGGAGUGGGGGAUGGUGUUCCGUAAGGCUACAUCCUGCCCAGUAGGAGAGAAGGGGCUCGAGGACCAGGUGGCUUUUGACGUCAUCCUGGGCGACCUCAAUUUUGACAACUGCUCCUCAGAGGAUAAGCUGGAGCAGCAGCAUGUACUCUUCACUCACUAUAAGGACCCAUGUCGCUUGGGUGCAGGGGAAGACAAGCCAUGGGCACUGGGUACACUACUAGACACAGAUGGACUUUAUGACGAGGAAGUCAGUUCACCAGAGAGUCUCCAAAAGGUGAUGGAGAAUGAGGAGGCGAGGAAAGAGUACUUAGUCUAUCCCAAGAGCAAAAACCAGUGCCACAGUCAGAAAGGCCGGAAAAUACCACUCAAAGGCAACGGCAGGAGGAUCGAUUACAUCCUGUACCGCGAAGAUGGCUUACAGCCUGAAUGGAAAGUGGACAUUGAGGAGUUCAGCUUCAUCACACAGCUGGCUGGCCUCACUGACCACCUGUCUGUGGCCAUCAGACUGGCCGUGGCCACCGGCGAAGAAGAGCCGUAGGAACAGACAAACACACACACACAGACACACACAGAGACAGACAGACACACACACGUCCUUUGACACCACAGAGGACAGAGUGAGCACCUAGCCUACGGCCCAUGGUGCUCCUCAUUGCAGGUUCCCCUACAGGUUCACUGACAGCAAUUCAAACCAUUUGGCCCUUUAAUGAACAGGUGCAAAAGGUUGUGUACUCUACUCCAGAGGACGGGUGCAAUUAAACAACCUUUUCUGUUAAAUGGGAUAGUUUACACCAACAAAAAUCAAAUCUCAUGACUUUUCCAAAACCUUCAGUGUAUUUUAUGAAUUUUACGUGUUUGCCCAGGUCUUAUAAAUGGGAUUUUAAUAUCAUGAUUUCUCCAUGAUUCCCAUGGCUGUGGGAAGCCUGCUAGUUGACUGACGACUCUAAGAUAACCACACCAUCAGAACCCACCCACCCAACCACACACCACACACACACACACACACACACUGCCUUGUGAGUGUAUCCUCACAGAGACUAAAGACACAGAUACUCUCUUUUGUCCUUACUGAACAUGUGAUCUUUUUGGAUCUCAUAUCUAUAUGGAUUUAUAACAAAAUAGUAAUAGUUUAUAAAAAUGGCUGAAUGAUUUCCUGUACUUUAUUGAAUUGUAUGUCAGGUUUGUGUGUUAAUGCCGUUCAGAUAUGUAAUAAAUGGGUGUGGGCAUAGAGAGAAAUGGGUGUGGGCCGUAAGGGGUGGAGUUCUGUGUUGUCAUGACACCUCUCUGUGUUGUCAUGGUUAUGGAGUGUGUGUGUGUUGGGGGGGGGGGGGGGGUCUUGCUUGAUACAUGCUCUUGGCAUGACGGCCAUCUCUCAACCUAAUGGAAGGAGAGGCAGCCUCCUCCGUCGACCCCAGCUUCAUCCAAAGGAGCUAACUAAAGUGUCUUUUUUCUACGUAUUUCCUAAAAGAGACCUUGGAUUUCUCUCUCAGCGUCCUUUCAGUGGAGUUUGCCGUGCCCACUCCCAGCGCUGUGCUUUUCUGCAGGACUGAGGGGGUGAGAACCCUGUGAGCCAGGAGGCCGAGCGCUGGAGGAGGAAGGGCACGCCAGACACACCUGGGUGAGCCCCAGUCCCACGCCAGACCCAGCCCUCUGGUCAUCACCUGGGUUAAUCCUGAGACCAAGCCCUCUGGCAAUCACCUGGGUUAAUCCUGAGACCCAGCCCUCUGGUCAUCACCUGGGUUAAUCCUGAGACCCAGCCCUCUGGUCAUCACCUGGGUUAAUCCUGAGUCAAAAGCCCACACAUCUGGCCAUCACAGGCCAUACGCAUGUCACCCCCACCCAAAAACGAUUCUGCCAUGGAAACUGUGCCUGCAUGUCAAAUGCCAGUCUGAAAUUACACUUCCGCUCAUACUGCACCCCCCCCCCCCCCCCUACACACACACACACACUGAUACACCCCAACACACAGGUACCCCUUCAUACACAUAUGCACACAGAUACAACCCCAUAUGCAUAUACCCAUACAAACUACAUAAAUACACAUGCAUGCAUAGAUACAUAAAUACAUUAAAAAUGAUGCACACAGAAAUAUACACACAUACACACGACUCGUGCAAAUCCUGCUCAGCCCAUGGUGGAGAGGACUGGUCACAGGGCUGCGGUAGCCAAUCAAAGAUCAGUCUGCAGCUCAUUCGGCCUGGCACCACACUGUUGUAGUUUUUAUUCAAUGUCUACUGCUGAAUUCUGAAUGACAGCUGGAUGACAAUGUUUACACACGCGCGCACACACACACACUCUCUCUCUCUCUCACACUCACACACACACACACACGUGUUUGCUCUGGGUCACUGAUGAUGCCUGAAGUAUCUGAUGCUCUUCAUCAGAGCUGUCAAUUGACCUGCCAGCUGAAUGCUUUUUAUACUCACCCAACUUGUUUCUAAAAAUAUGUAUUAUUAUAUUACUGCUAUUAUAAUUAUUGUCAUUCUUAAUAUUAUUAGUAGACAUUAUCUUUGUGCUUUUUAAAGGUAAAAAAAAUCUGAGUCAAAUUCAUGUCCUACAAGGCUUUGCUUGGCUGUAUGCUGUAGUUAACUAGACUAGAGCGGAACCCCUGACAUUCUGACACUGACAGGGACGGCAAGGUCAAAGGUCACCAGGGGCGACGCUGCUGUUGAGGUGCAUGUGGUGUGUAAACAACUACGCUUCUCUGCAGAACCUUUCCCUUAACUCUGUCACACUACCUUUUUAUCAUUUUGACACGUUUCGGCGCCUUUUCAUAUUUUGUCUAUUGUUUUAUUGUUUGAGGAAAUAUGUCUUUAUAAUUGGUGUUUUGGCAUUCCUUGUUUAAUUCUUUUCCAUGUUUUGUUUACUUUGAAGAAAGCAAUCUAAUGAAAGUUCAUGGCGUGAGCAGUGUGAGCUCAUGGAGUUUCCCAGUGAGUGUGGCAGAGACCUCUCUCUGCAAACGGGAUGAACGGCUUCUUUUAUUCUGCCUUACAAAAUAAAAACAAUACAACUUC